UCGUCCCUGCUCCUCUUUGUGUGCUCUCUCUCUCUCUCUCUCAGUACGACCGACGUCUCCGUCUCUGUCUCUGUCUCUGUUCAGAGCGGUUCCCUCUCUUUGUUCUUGUCUCUUCGCCGGAGAAGUAAAAGAAGAUGAAGCAGCUCAUGAGGAAGCUGUCGAGAGUGGCCGACUCGUCGUCGGCGAACUACGUCCUCCUGCGCUCCGGCUCCGUCGCUCCUAAACGGAAGGGAGGGCGGAGGCGGUCCUCCUCCUGCGCGGGGGAAGGCGAUGCGGGUGGCUGUGGAGGGGUGCCGGAGGGCCACCUCCCUGUUUGCGUUGGGGAGGAGAUGGAGAGGUUCGUGGUGACUGCGGAGUCGCUCAACCACCCCCUCUUCGCCGAGCUCCUACGCCGCUCCGCCCAGGAGUACGGAUACGACCAGAAGGGCGUCCUCCGCAUCCCGUGCCCCGCCGGAAUAUUUCGGUCCAUCCUCGACAUACUCCGCCGGACGGACGGCGGCGCUGCCGGCGUCGGCGUCGAUCUCGACGAACUCCUCCUCCGCCUCGCUUCCGUCGACGCCUCCACUUGAUCAGCCCCUCUGUUCUCUCCCUCCCUCAUUGACAACCGCCUUGACGAAAAUGUCACCGGCUUGUUAGUAGUUGGACUAGCAUGGACCUUGACUCUGACCAGAACUACUCGAUCUUUAUUUAUUCGAGUUUGUGGGGUCUCACGAGGACAGCACCGUACUGUAUGGGUUGUGGGCCGCAGAGGGUAGUUUCGGUAUUAGUGGUUUCAGGGACAAGCUGACCCUCGUGGAUCUCUAAGUACUCCUAAUGUACCUUUUUUCUUUUUUUAAUUCCAUUUUGAGAUGGGACAUUUUAUGUAAAUAUGGUGAAGAGAGCAGUGUUUGUGCAAAUUAUGAUGUUCAAUGACCCUAUAUGUAAUUAAUUUUUCUCUUAAAUUUAUAUUUCGGUCCUUACAAAUAACAAGGAACGGAAAACUAGUUGAUUGCCCUUUCCGAGAGCAAAUCGUCACAAUUCUUCA